GUUUGUGGAUCCCCAUUAUACAUGGCACCUGAAGUUCUUCAGUUUGAAAGAUAUGAUGGAAAGGUCGACAUGUGGAGUGUUGGUGUAAUUCUUUUUGAGCUUCUUAAUGGUUGCCCUCCUUUUCCUGGUAGGACUAAUGUUCAGGUGCUUAAGAACAUCAAUUCAUCUACAUGUCUCCCUUUUGACCAACUCAUCCUUUCUCGGUUGCAUCCAGACUCAGUUGAUAUGUGUUCAAAACUGUUGUCUCGAAAUCCAGGUCUAGCAUUAUACCUUCCUCAAUUUCAUAUAUUCUUAUUGUACCCUUCACCAAAACUAGCUAUAUAUUUUGCUUCUAUGUUAGGACCAGGAUUCUCUACCAGGUUGGGAUUUUAUCUGGUUAUACCAGGGUAUUAAUUGUUCUAUUCUUUAAGGAGUUUAUGCACCUUCUCCAAGCACUCAGUCCUUCACCCCUGCUGAUAGUUACUACCUAGAGCUAAGAUCAAAUCCCAUUAUCUCUACAAAUCAAUUCUCUGAAUGCAUGUAAGGGUGAAUAACCUCUAAAUUUUCACUUCGUAAAAGGAAAACAAAAUUAUUAUAAAUAAAAAACUCAAUCUAUCUGACACCCAAAUUUCCCACAUCGAAACCCUAUUUCAAUUGUUGAGCCAUUCAAAUUUUUUUUUUCUUUGACUCUGAACUGUUAAUGUUAAGAAGGGCUGAUAGAUUGAAAACAGAAGAUACCCGAUCUGCCUAAAUAACUACAUAACGAAAAACCGUCAUGGAAUCCACUGCAUAUAGAUUCAAACUAAAGCUUUCUUAUUAACCAUCUAGAAGAACAGUUGCACGUUGAAGAUGAGUGAAAUUUUAGGGUAUACAAGUAGAAUUCGUAAAAGGUUUUCAUUGUUUGAAUUUUCAUUAGUCAAAUUUUAUUGAGUCUUACAUAUCAGGUUCAAUACCUUGCUGUUGCAUGUUGAGGAUAAUUGAGUGAUUUGAAUUUUGAUUAAAGAAAAUCAAUAUAGAUGAGAUUUUUGCAUCUGCUCUUCCCAAUUUCAGUUUAUUGUCUUUGUGAGCAUAAAGUUAAAGUUUUAUUCAUUCGGUGUUGUGGUUUUCAUGGAGAUGUAAUGUAACCUAAAAAUGUUGGUGAGACAUUGGUUUGAUGGCUCUAGCCAUAGGGACCAUGAAUUUAGAUGAUUUUUCUCUUUUAUAGUUGUAGGGAAACAAUAUGGGAGGCUGAGUGUUCUCUUCAAGGUCAAGGAGGAGCAUGAAAGAAGAGGAUAAGGGCUGUGAGACAGUGCAAAUGUCAUUGUAGUCAUUAACCGAAAAUAAAAUUAAACAUUGCAGAUAUGGCACAAUCCAAACCAUAGAAGAUUCUGGUACAUGGGUUAAAAGCAUGGUAUAACCAUGUAGGAUCCCAAUCUGGUAGAGGCUCUUGAUCCUUUGUCUUUAUGAGGAAGCCCCUGACUGAUUGAUGCAUUAUUGCAGUUCACCGCCUGUCCUUCCAUGAAUUUUAUUCACAUAGGUUUUUCAAGGUUUUUGAGAAGAGUUGAGUUGUAAAAACAAUUAUGGGAACUCAGAUGCAGUUUGAAAUCUAUAUGGAAAGUGCUUUUACUGAUGAGUUUGAUUCCCAAAAGGCGACAAGGCACCAGUUGAGAUCAAGUUCCAAAAAGAAAAAUUGUGUUAGAAGGGGUUUCCUGAUUGGGAACGUCAGGAUCUUCAAGCUCCAUCACUUUUCCAUGGAUCGUGAUGUUUUUAGGCUCAUUCCUUUUGUUUUGGUAGUAACUAUGAGCUUAGAAGUUGGCAUUGAAUUUCAAAAGUCUGCCUUGAUUGUAAUAUCUUGAGUCAUUUGGUUCCAUAAAGGGCAUGUUCAUGAUAUUAUAGAAAUCCUCCUACGAAAAUGAGAUUGCUCGAGCUCUGUUUUUGUU